GUCAGUAAACAGCAUGGCGGCGUCCAUGCAGCGUUUCGGCGCAGCCGGGAGACACUUAAUAAAGAAUUUAUUCAACACAAAGGUCAUCAACAGGAGUGUGUCUGCUCCGGCUGUCAGUCAUGUAGUUUUAAAUGUACCAGAAACGAAGCUCACCACCCUUGAUAACGGGCUCAGGGUGGCUUCAGAAGACUCUGGACUGUCCACAUGCACGGUUGGUCUGUGGAUUGAUGCUGGGAGCCGCUAUGAAAACGAGCAUAAUAAUGGCACAGCGCACUUCCUGGAGCACAUGGCUUUUAAGGGCACAAGAAAGAGGUCUCAGCUGGACCUGGAGCUGGAGAUCGAGAAUAUGGGAGCUCAUCUGAACGCAUACACCUCCAGAGAGCAGACGGUGUAUUACGCUAAAGCUUUCUCUAAAGAUCUGCCUCGAGCGGUGGAGAUCCUGGCGGACAUCAUCCAGAACAGCACUCUGGGAGAAGCAGAGAUCGAGCGGGAGAGAGGAGUGAUUCUCAGAGAGAUGCAGGAGGUGGAAACCAACCUGCAGGAAGUGGUGUUCGAUUACCUGCACGCGACAGCCUAUCAGGAGACACCUCUCGGGAGAACCAUCCUGGGCCCUACAGAGAACAUCAAAACUAUAAAUCGUGGGGAUCUGGUUGAAUACAUUACAACACACUACAAAGGGCCCAGAAUCGUGUUAGCAGCAGCCGGAGGAGUGUCACAUAAUCAGCUCAUCGAUUUGGCCAAAUAUCAUUUUGGAAAGCUGCCGGCCAGAUACAGCGGAGAGGCUUUACUGCCCUGCCAUUUCACCGGGAGCGAGAUUCGUGUGCGGGAUGAUAAGAUGCCUCUGGCUCAUAUUGCUGUGGCGGUGGAGGCCGUGGGCUGGUCUCAUCCAGACACCAUUCCUCUGAUGGUGGCAAACACACUGAUCGGGAACUGGGACCGCUCGCUCGGCGGAGGAAUGAACUUGUCCAGUAAACUGGCCCAGAUGUCCUGCCAGGGGAACCUGUGCCACAGUUUCCAGUCUUUCAACACCUGCUACACGGACACAGGACUGUGGGGGCUUUACAUGGUGUGUGAACCGGGAACUGUCCACGACAUGAUCCGAUUCACUCAGCUGGAAUGGAAGUCUCUGUGCACGAGUGUGACUGAAAGCGAAGUGAACAGAGCCAAAAACCUGCUGAAGACCAACAUGCUGCUUCACCUGGACGGAUCUACACCCAUCUGUGAGGACAUCGGGCGUCAGAUGCUGUGCUACAGUCGCAGGAUUCCUCUGCACGAGCUCGAGGCCAGAAUAGACGCCAUUAAUGCCACGACUAUAAAGGACGUGUGUCUGAAAUACAUCUAUAAUAAAGCUCCUGCUAUAGCAGCUGUCGGGCCGAUCGAGCAGCUGCUGGAUUAUAACAGCAUCCGGAACGGCAUGUGCUGGUAAACACUCAACACAAGCUACAGAGCUCCAGAUCUGCUUUUUUUCCAGGUUUAUUUUAUUAUAAAAUAAAGAACAACACAAAUAAAGUUAAAAGACCAA